AUGGCUUCUCCGUUACUUACCGGGCUGAAAGACGCAUACUCCUUCACAAUUGCCCUUAAUAAUCGGUAUGAUUCGCUCUUGAACGAACCAGUACCUUGUGCUCAGGCAGAUAAGAGCGAUUUAGACAAUCUUACCAUUCUGAAUGAAAAGUUAAGUCAAUAUGAACGAGUGAAGGAACAGUUCCAAGCUCAAACUCGUCUCAUCGCAGAGGCGGAAUCUGAGUUCCAGUUGAUGUACUUCAAAACCAAGGAAACCGCACGUACUACUUUGGACGAACUUUAUCGCGAAAUCGCAGACAAUAAAGAAUAUCAAAUGAACCGCACUCUCGCAAAAACAGCAAUCCUCACAUUAACAGACAGUAUAGCUCAAUUGUAUCCACGCGUUAGCGCUUUAUCCAAUUCAGUCGAGCAGUCUCUCGAGAGAGAGCUACAGAGAGAAAACAGUGUUUACGAAAGGCCUGAUUAUCCAACAACGGGGGCCCAACCGACCAUUCAACAAAGUAUGCCAGACACAAACACUCUUUUAGCUCAAUUAGUCCAUCUCCUGAGUCAAUCGAAUCAAAGAAACAUUGCAGUUCCCAUGCAACCUCAAACAUUCUCGUUACCGAAAUUUGACGGAAAACCCGAAAACUUUAAAUCAUAUUGGGCCAGAUUCAACAGAAUGGUUCAUGAAAACCAAGCGUUAUCAGUGCUUGAAAAAGUUAAUUAUCUCUGUGAAAGCUUACAAGGGGAAGCUAUGACAGCCAUCCGUGGUAUAGAGCCAUCAAGUGACACAUACGACAUGUUAAGAUCGGCACUCCUGGAUGAGUAUGAACACUACACCUCAGAUCGUUAUCAAAUUCUCAAAA